AUGAUCAUGUUGUCCGAGGGCAUCCUCUCGUCGCUCUACGAGCUGCUGCGGCAUAAUGCUGUUAUCGCCAGCAUUGCUAACGUCGUCGUUUUGCUCCUCUUAUCAUCGCAUGUCUUUAGACGCAACGCUGAUGCGCCUCCACACCUCCCGGAAACAAUUCCUUUCCUGUCGAAUACCCUCCAGGUCUCCACGGAUCCAAAGGCUUUCUGGGCACGCACUCUCAAGACGAUGCAAAACCGCAGCACCGACAUUCUCCGCCUCCGCCUCGCUGGACGACCCGCCUUCCUCGUCGUCGGCGAAAAGAACACCAACGUUCUUUUCCCCGACGUGUCCGGGCGAGGCAAAGCUCCCCUCCCAGGGACCGAGCAUUUUGCUGAAAAGAAUCGAAUAUGGGCGGCCUGGCAUCGCAUCUUUGCCGAGAACCUCUUGCGCACGAAGUCGACGAAUGACUUGGCAGCCAUAUUCUUUGAUAAUUUUACGACAAAGAUUGCAGAGCUGUUCAAAAUGGGCGAAUGGAAUACUUUUCUGGUGUCCGAUUGGAUUCGGCGAUAUCAAACCGAGAGUGCGGCGCGGGCACUCAACGGCAGUCGAGUUUUCGAGAAGAACACUGGAUAUUUCGACCUACUCCAUGAACUCAAAUUGUCGAUUAUUCCCAUCGCUUUCGGGCCCCCGAGGUGGAUGAAUCCCAAGCCACACCGUGCUCGUGACAAGUACCUGGCAAUGAACAGAGAGUACAUGGAGGAGGCCUUGAGGGACUACGACUGGGGUAGUCCCGAGGCCUCCGCUCCCUGGGAGCCCCUCUUUGGAUCGCCACUGAUUAGGGGCCUCAUCCGCUGGGGUCUGGAUGUUGGACUGGACACCGAGACCAUUGCAGGCAUUUUUGGAAUUCAGGUCUUGAACCAGAAUUCCAACUCGGUGCCUGCCGCGGCGUGGUCAAUUGCGAAUACCCUCACAUGCCCGGACCCCGAAUUGCUGAAGAAUAUUCGCGCCGAGGCACAGGCGGCCACCACAGUAGAUGGGAAGACGGGGAAGAGAACGUUCGACAUGCAGAAACUGAUCAAGUCGCCUUGGUUGCAGGCGGUCUAUACCGAGACGUUACGACUUCAGGUCGGAUUCAGCGUCACCCGCGACGCCGUCCGUGACACCGAGGUGGACGGUUUCCGCAUCGCCAAAGGAUCCAUGGUCCAAGCACCCAUUCCCAUCGCCCACCACGACGCUGUCUGGGAGACUGAAGGUCACCCCGUGCUCGAGUUUUGGCCUCAACGACAUCUGACAACGGUCGAGACGACAGAUGAGAAUUCAAAGACGACCACAACGACGGAUUUUAGCCUGGGGAGUCGAAGCGGGUAUUUCUUUCCUUACGGAGGUGGUGCCACUAUGUGUCCUGGGAGACAUUUUGCGAAGCAGGAGAUUAUUGGGACUUUAGCAUUGUUUGUCACCCAGUUUGAGACGGAGGUUAUUGGGUGGGUCACAUCUGAUGGGUCGCCGUCGGAUCGGGAGGCGAGGAAUGGGGAGGGAAUGGCGGUCUUUCAGCCGGAUCGGGACUUGAAGAUUCAAGUCAAGAGGUGUUGGUGAUGGAGGAACUCGUUGGAGAUUUGGCUCAUUGGCUACUGAGACGUGCGCUAAGACGGGCCGUACCGAACCUUGUUGCCAUUCGGCACAGGCUCCGGCACCGGUCACUGGCCGAGGAGUUACGGCCUAAAAAUAGGGAC